GCCUGGUUCUUCUUAGCUGCUCCCGUUGACCUCUCUGGAUCUAUCGAUCCGUCUAGGCCAUGGCUUCUGGCCUUCCUUCAAUGGAAGUAACAAGCUUGCCCAAAAGGUGUGGGGAUUAUACUUUGGGUUGGGAUGAGAUCAGAUGUGGCUGGUUUGCUGUUGCAAGAGAUGCAGACCGUAAUGAGUGGAAGGAAGUGGAUCCAGACCUGAAGCAGUUGGGUCGUGGUCUGGCAGAUGAGUAUACGGAUCCACCCGACGGCACUGUUAAAACUAUCGCGAAUGGAUAUGGACAUGUGGUGGACUUGGUGCCGUGUGAGUUGGGACCGGAGCCGGGAUUUUUGCGGUGGGCACCUCCAGGCACUCGCAGUAGGCGGAGGAGGACCAAGGGAGAGUUGGAAGCAGAACGCAGAAUGCCUAAUAAGAUGAGGGUGCCUGAUCCCGCGACCUUCGCUCACACAUACAUACCAAGCGCAAUAACUUUUUCACCCACCUUCCCAACAUCACUUUCACCACCAUAACAUUCCAGGCUCCUGGGGUUCCUGUUCCCCUACUACUGAUCUCUCCCGUUUUCCUACAUUAAGCUAGAUCAAAUAAAGUAAUGUGAAUACUAGACCUGUAUCCCAUCCUUGUGUGUAUUUUCAACUUUCCUCAAAACACAAAUGGCCAGGCUUCUUCUCCUUUUCAAGUUCUUGGAAGCUGUUCUCUUCGCC